UUACGCCAUUUUUGUUGGGGAGCAGUCGUGUUCAGAAAAGGAUUAGGUCCAGUGCAGGUACAUCUCACCAUACCGCGUUUAAUCAACCCUUUAAGUUGUCUGGCAUACAGGGCACCCACUUGUCCGCCAUAAUCAGACAAUGUCUUCAGAAAACCUCGACUCAGACACACAAGUAGACUACGAGGACGAAAAACAGGACUCUCAGGAGAAGAAUGCAAACCCGGUGAAAGCAGAGGAGGCCAAGCUGAAGGCCAAGUACCCCAGCCUGGGCCAGAAACCUGGUGGCUCAGACUUCUUGAUGAAGAGAUUACAGAAGGGGCAAAAGUACUUUGACUCGGGCGACUACAACAUGGCCAAGGCCAAGGUGAAGAACAAGCAGCUUCCUGUGGCGGGACCCGACAAGAACCUGGUGACCGGCGAUCACAUCCCCACGCCACAGGAUCUACCACAGAGGAAGUCGUCCUUGGUGACCAGCAAGCUAGCUGGCUAGCCUUUACCCUUUCAAAGGCACCCUCGGCUCACCUGGGACUCCAGGGAAUUGUCCGUUUUUCACCGCACCUGUGUCCCAAAUAUGUCCACCCCCUCCCUUCCUCUUGCUUCCCUUUUCAUCCCCAGGCACCACUGGCUUUAACAUAUCGGGCAGAGUUGUAUAAGUUAAAACUCCAUUUGCUUGUAUGUGGGCGGGGUGGGGUGGGAGGGAUGGAGGUUUCGGUGACCACAAGGCCGCGGCCCUCUCUGCCUUUCCACCACGCACAGCUCCGCCCCCUCUGCACACUCUGCUCUACCGCCUCCCUUAUAUCUUGGUUUUCAGUGUUCCAAGAUGCAUUUGCAGUAGAUGUGUGUCAUCAGGCAGGGUGGGAUGGGGUGAGUUAAUGCACUUUGUAUUCUGUAUAGUGUGUAUUCUUCUUUUUUUGCAUCCUGAAUGACACCAAAAUAAUGUGUGUAAGGGAGUUGGGAACCAUGGUCGCAAUUAGUUUUUUGCUGGUAGCUGGCUUCGGCAGGAUGGUGAAUGUGAAUAACUGCUUGCAUACCAAAUCUAUGACAGGUAGCUGUUUAAGAGUGAUUUAACAUUCGCAGACUCCCUGUUGGGAAAAGAAUGGAGUGUAGUUUGCAUCUCACAAUUCUGCCACUUUUUUUGUCACAUAUAACCUGAGGUCAACUUCUGCAGCUCAGCCAAAUGUAGAUUUAAAACACUUUUUUGGUCUCUCCCUGCUGAUGUUGUCUGAUUCCCUUCACUCCUAUUCUCUCUAAAUAUGCUGCAUGAUUGUAACAUGUAAUAAAAAAAAGAACACAUUUUUAACAGCAGCGGAGCACCUGCUUAGUGAUUGAAAAUUAUCAAAACAAACGUACAAAUCUCUGAAAUGUCCACAUUUUGCUCUCUUGACAAUGCAAGAGCCAGCUGAGUGUAUCUUUGUUUUAUUUUGGAAGGUUGGGAGCCCUGCCAGCCGGCAUUCAGUUGCAUUAAGGUGUGUUUACUGAGCCUAAAGGAUUUUGGAGAGAUAGAAGCACCCUUCAUAUAGUACAUGCUUCUGUAAAUGAUACCCACACAAGCACGUAACUGGUGAUUAGCUUGGCGCUUUGAGAACUAGUCUAGCUAGCAUGCCUUGGAGAACGGGUUGUGCUACGUCAACUCAUUUGGAAUUUCAGGCUUGGAAGUUUUUCUUUGACAACUGAACCAAAAUUCCCCACUGCAACUAUCAGGCCAAGAGGCCAUGGAUGCACUUGUAUUUUCGAUGCGCUAGUUGCCAUGCUGUCAUGUGGCGGACAUUGCAUGGUGAUCUGGCAGACUGCAGCCUAACAUGUUGUGAGGCAAGAUAUUGUGAUACAACCAUCCAGAUCAUUUUCCUCCCCACCACCUUUGAAACAGGGAUUCCAAACUGCUGUUUGUUGUAUCCUGUUGGGAUGACAGAAGUAACAGGUUAUUCCCUUCGUAAUUGUAAUCUGUAACAGCUAAUGUGCUGUAAGAUCCUAUAGUUGUUUUGUGGGUGUGACCGGACUUACACUGAGGCUGAUUUUAAUGUUUAAACACUUUCAGAAUAUAAAUCAUAUAUCACGUUUCCCUUUUUCACAGCAGUUGAUACGCUAAAAAAAAGUCCCAUAACCAUUGCUGCUGCAUAGAUCUACUUUUACUGCCAGCUUCUUGUACAAUAUUUUUUUACUGACACACUACACAGACUGAUCUUUGAUCUCAUGGGUGUCAGAGGGUAAACGUCAGGCAACUUGAUAAGCGUGGCUUCAAAGAGCAUCACAGGCUUUAAGUGGGACACUGCAUGUCAGGUGGACACACUUAGCAAAGCAAGGAGAGCUUUUAUAACACAUGGUGAGAGGGCAGACUGUGAGUAUUUAUGAUAUGCUAAAGUCCCACCUGUUACUUCGAUUCAAUCUCUAAAACAGGUCAAAGGAGAGAUCACCACAUCUCUAGGCUGUGAAUAUGCACACAUUCAAGAAUCUGAACUGGAUGCCGGCACUCACAGAGAAUCGGUGUAUAUAAUACUGCUUCAGGGAACCUUCAUAAACUCAUACUCCACCAUUUGCAACUUCACUUUAAAACGUGUCAAAUUUGCAGUGGGUGAAGAAGAACUGAUCUGUACAUAUGUGCUAGGUAUGGUGCUGUAUGAAUGCAAUGCUUUUUCUCUGUUCCAACUUUUGUAAAUAGACCUCCAAUAAUGUUUUUUUCUGUUUCUUCCCUGCUUUUCACACUUUUGUAGCCCAAGCUGUUUCUGAUUCAAUGGUUCCUCUCUCGUCUCAGUUUAACACUACUUCUGCUGUAUCUUAGUGUAUUGCAGAGGCUAUGUGAAUCUGUAUCAUAAGAAAAUAUUUGUAAAUGCUGCUGAUUCAAUGACAAAUCUGAGAUGAUACCCUGUAGAGAACACCAGUCCUCCUGAUUCUAACAGUCUGACUUACACUUGAGUAUCUCAGUUUCCGUAGCUCCUGUGGUAAAAUUUGCUUGGUUUCAGACUGUGUUUAACUUUCAAUAAAAAAUAUCAAAGUACAUUUUAAAAAUGCUUUGUUCAAUUUGGUUUAAUUUAUAUGGUUUGGCUGGAAAUUCUUAAAUACUUGAUUAGCAGGAACAUAGGAUCUUGUAUUAUUUGGUUUAAAAAAAUAUCUUUUUUUCUUGCUUUCAUAAGGAUGGUUUCCUAAAGGAAAUGGAUUAACAUUUGAAACACAGGGGACAGGGGUUCUUCUGUGCUACUUGAUAUUUGGGUUUGCACAGAUUCAAUGAGAGGAACUAGCAGGGUAUGCAUCAAACCCAACACAGGGUGUCUCGUUUAUGAUCAAUAUGUGCCAGAAUGUAUAAAGAAAUGACAGGCUGUGUGCUCUGAAGUACUUUGUGCUGCUUUUACAUUAUCUGUUUUCUUAUUUUGCUAUUUCUUUCUUGUGUUCUCUUGUUGCAUAGUAGGUAGGUAUAUUGCAUCCUGGCCCAUGAUAACUGCAGGGAAAUCAGAAGCACCCUUCCUACUAAGAAAUAAAAAGGUUUACAUGAUAAAGGGGAUGACUGGAGAACACAGGAAUGAUUUUAAGACUUCAGAAAGUACAGGGGUACUUGGAAUGUUUCAGUUGUGUGGGAGAUGGUGAAAGGAUUUUUGUCAGUAUUUGAAAUAAACUUUUACAUUAAUAAGA